GGGUCCAGACUGCAGACUGCAGACUCUCAAGUCAGUUCACUGACUCUCUGUUACUGCUGGAGAUCUCAUGUUUCAUUAGAUAUUCAUCCUGAUUCUUCUACAUCAUUAACUUACAUCCAUUCAGUUGUAAAUGUUGUUUUGUUCAAAUGUGUAUUUCUCUAAAUGUAGUCUGCAGUCAUAACAGUUGAUUGUUUCCUAAAGAAACUAUUAUUCUUCCUGUUAGUUGUUAAAGUAAAUGUAUGUUUUCUUUAGUAAAUGGUCUGAAUAAAGAAGAUCCUCUGAACGAAUAUUAGUUUUACAUAAAGUUUACUUUCUGACAUAGAAAUGUUUAUGUUCCCAAUCGUUUAGAUGUGAACAGAAGGCUGAUAUAAAGAUGAUCCGGUCACUGUUAUUCAGGGAAAAGUUCAUUGAUUAGGACGCAGUAAUGAUGAGCUGCACAUUUCAGACUUGAACAUCUCAUUGGAUUAAAGACUGAUCUUUAUCCUCAUCAUGUUUUCUUUAUUCAGACUGGAGCGCUGCAGGUUGUCAGAGAUCAGCUGUUCUGCUCUGAUCUCAGCUCUGAAGUCCAACAUCCAUCUGAGACAUCUGGACCUGAGUCUCAACGCUCUGAAGGAUUCAGGAGUGGAGCUGAGAGAUCUUCUGGAGGGUCCAGACUGCAGACUGCAGACUCUCGGUCUGAGUGAAUGCAGGUUGUCAGAGAUCAGCUGUUCUGCUCUGGCCUCAGCUCUGAAGUCCAACAUCCAUCUGAGAGAUCUGGACCUGAGUUACAACAGAAAGAUGCAGGAUUCAGAUGAGAAGCUGCUGAGAGAUCUUCUGGAGAGUCCAGACUGCAGACUGAAGACCCUCAGGAUCGGAGGACGAGAGCCGAUCAGAGCCACGAUCCAGAAGACCUGUGACAGGAAGUGAAGACACACAGAAAGCAGCAACCUUCUGGGGGCCAGUGUUUAUUACUUCACUGUGGAUAACAGGAAUGUCCUUCUCAAUAGCGAGGAGGAGGAGAUCAGAAAGCCUCUCUUCUGUACAUUGGCUUCUGAGUGUGUCUUUCACACACUGGCAGCUUAGUCAUUUGUUCAUCACCACUCACCUUCCAAAUAAGCCAAGAAAAGCCGGUAUAAUGUGGGACAGUAAAGUGGGAGGUGCUGCUACCUGUCUGUCUGAAGGGACUGCCGAUGUCCGCACCGCUGUGCGCGAGACGUGGAGGGAGGGAGAGCAGCGGAACUUCACUGUCUAAUCUCCCGACCUGAUAUUUUUAUUUUUUAUUCAAUCAAUAUAUUUUUGGAAAGUGUGCGCAAACAGCAGUAGAUACAUAUUCAUUUAUUUAAAAAAAUAAAAAAAUAAAAAGCACCCCAUAAAAAGGGCACUUUCUCUGGAGGAAGAAAAAGGGCAGGGGCUCAAGCCCACUUUGAGGUCUAUGUGUGCACGUGCCUGGCUCUAACGAAGAGUGGGUUUAAAGGAACAAUAAAUAUGCCAUUUUGUGUUUUU